GGUCAUGUGACAAUAACAAACUCUGGUCAGACUCAGACAGAGUAAAAGAAACUACUCUUAGGUUUAUUUAUUUACUGUUGUUUUUAAAGAAAAUACGUACAGGUUUUAUUCCCGCUUGAACGUAUGUUAAAGAAUGUUACUCGAACAAAUUACGAAAGUGACGUCGCUUUCUUGGCACUAACGGAACUUACAGGCAAAAAGAAGAGUGUUUGGGCUAGCUAGCGGGCAGUUAUCGGGGUAAAGUCCAGCUCCGUCCGUCUGUCCGUCCGGAGGGUCGUUGACACCGCCAUGCCUCCGCUCAGGUUCUGCGCUAACAUCUCCUGGUUGUUCACGGAGCUUCCAGACUUCAGCCAGAGGAUAUAUGCGGCUGCCUCCGCCGGGUUUCAGGCGGUCGAAGCAGCCUGGCUGUACGACUCCGACCUCCAGGAGCUCCAGAGAGCCCGGGAGGCCACCGGAGUGGAGCUGGUCCUCAUCAACACCCCGCCGGGAGAUGUGAAGGCAGGUGAUCUCGGUCUUGGAGCGGUUCCUGGAAGAGAAGCUGAGUUCAAACAGGGUCUGGAUCUGGCUGUGAAGUAUGCCAGAGCUUUGGAGUGUAAAAGGAUCCACCUGAUGGCUGGAAGGAUUCCUGUCGGAUCAAACAGAGCAGCAGUUGGCAAGGAGAUGGAGGCCAUUUUUGUGCAGAACCUAAACUAUGCAGCCGACCUUCUGUCUAAGGAGGGAAUCACUGGUCUGAUUGAGCCAAUCAACACCAGAAUCACCGACCCCAGAUAUUUCCUGGACUCUCCUCAUCAUGCUGCUGCGAUUCUGGAGAGAGUCGGGAAGCCCAAUAUCAAGCUGCAGAUGGAUGUGUUUCACUGGCAAAUAAUGGACGGAAACCUGACGCAAAACAUGACCAAGUAUUUGCCCCUGAUUGGUCACGUCCAGAUCGCUCAGGUUCCAGGUAGGAAUGAACCCGACAGCGCCGGAGAACUCAACUACCGCUACCUGUUCAACACGCUGGAGAAGCACGGGUACCAGGGAUACAUCGGCUGCGAGUACAAGCCACUGGGAUCCACCAGUGAGGGUCUGGGCUGGAUCAAACACUACUGGACCCACAGGGAGUGAGGAGCAGCAGGGAUCUGCAUCAGUGUUAUGGACAUUUCAGUGACAGGGUUUGAAUGAAGGACGCAAUUUCUCCUUUUGUACUAUCCCUGGAUGAUGGACCUUUGAUAUAAGUAGAUAAAAAAAAAAAAAAAAUGAAUAGAAGCCAAAUGUGUUGUGUAUUCAGUUUAAUUUUGGGGGGUUUCACACAGUUUCAGUCUGUACGUGCCUUAAAGUUUGUCACAUGACCAUAAACUCAUGACGUCAAGGUUCAGAACCAGAUCUUGUAGUUCCUCAGGACAAGAGUCAUGAUUUAAAGGGUUGUCAAGGUUACUGUUGCCCAUAAAGUUGGAAUAAUUUUCUUCUUAGACACAUUCCUCUUUUUUAUUCCUAUUUCUACACCUUUAAUCAGGUGUAUCGAUCACAUACUGAGUCCCAGUUACACUUUAUCUGUCAAGAAUAAAUCGCAUUGACGCAAUCAUUUCAUAAGAAGAGAGAUAAAUAUUUAAUUCCAACUUUAACUCCGCCUGUUUUAUAAAGAAUAAAGUGCAUUUUAAAAACCCUGUGAUUUUGAUAUAUCAGUAAAACAGCAGUUUGAUUUGUUGGUUUAACAACAUUAUAGUGUUUCUACAGUCAUCUUCAACAAACCUGUCAUCACACGUCUGUGUUUGUCUUUAGUCAGAAAAUAAAACAAUGUUGAUCUGUGA